UUUUUUUUUUUUUCCUCCCUCUGUCUUUGUUUCCUUCCCCCCUUGCCCCCCCUUCCCCUCCCUCCGUCCCCCCUUUCCUCCUCCUCCUCUUUUUUAGAACAGCAAUCGGAGAUGGAUGUCUCUCUUUGCCCUACCAAGUGCACUUUCUGGAGGGUAUUUUUGCUCUGGAGCAUUUGGGGAGACUAUCUGCUUUCGGUGCUGGCUUGCCCUGCUAAUUGUCUUUGCAGCAAGACAGACAUCAAUUGCAAGAAACCGGAUGAUGGGAACCUCUUCCCUCUCUUGGAAGGGCAGGAUUCAGGCAGCAGCAAUGGCAACACGAGCAUCAAUAUCACGGACAUCUCAAGGAACAUCACUUCCAUACACAUAGAGAACUGGAAGAACUUGCAGACGCUGAAUGCUGUAGACAUGGAGCUGUACACGGGACUCCAGAGGCUGACAAUCAGGAACUCAGGACUACGAAAUAUCCAACCUCGCGCCUUUGCGAAGAACCCUCAUCUGCGCUACAUAGACCUCUCUGGUAACCGGCUCACCACCUUGUCAUGGCAACUCUUCCAGACGCUGCGGCUCUUUGACCUGAGAUUAGAGAGGAACCCUUUUAACUGCAGCUGUGACAUCCGCUGGAUCCAGCUCUGGCAGGAGAAGGGCGAGGCCAACCUGCAAUCCCAGGAACUGCGCUGUAUGAACUUGGACACGGCCAUCAUCCUUUUGCAGGACAUGAACAUCACCCAGUGUGACCUCCCUGAGAUCAGUGUGAGCCAUGUGAACCUGACGGUGAGGGAAGGGGAGAAUGCUGUCAUCACCUGCAAUGGCUCAGGAUCACCACUGCCUGACGUUGACUGGACGGUGGCAGAUCUGCAUUCCAUCAACACACACCAGACCAACCUCAACUGGACCAAUGUUCAUGCCAUCAACCUGACCUUGGUGAACGUCACCAGUGAGGACAAUGGGUUCCUGCUUACCUGUAUUGCUGAGAAUGUGGUGGGGAUGAGCAAUGCCAGCGUUCUGCUCACUGUCUACUAUCCCCCUCGCAUCCUAACUCUGGAGGAGCCGGUGUUGCACCUGGAGCACUGCAUUGCCUUUGCAGUGCAUGGGAAUCCAGCUCCUACCCUUCACUGGCUGCACAACGGUCAGGUCCUCCGGGAGACAGAGAUUAUCCACAUGGAGUUCUACCAACAAGGGGAAGUGUCUGAGGGUUGCCUUCUCUUCAACAAACCCACCCACUACAACAACGGCAACUACACGAUCGUGGCCACCAACCAGCUGGGCUCAGCCAACCAGACCAUCAAAGGACACUUCCUUGAGAAGCCCUUUCCAGAGAGUACGGACAACUUUGUCUCAAUUGGUGACUAUGAAGUGAGUCCCACCCCACCAAUCACUGUGACCCACAAACCGGAGGAGGACACGUUUGGGGUUUCCAUAGCGGUUGGACUAGCAGCUUUUGCUUGUGUCCUCUUGGUGGUCCUCUUUAUUAUGAUCAACAAGUACGGCCGACGGUCCAAGUUUGGGAUGAAAGGUCCCGUGGCAGUGAUCAGCGGAGAGGAGGAUUCUGCCAGCCCGCUCCACCACAUCAACCACGGCAUCACGACGCCUUCGUCCCUGGAUGCUGGCCCAGACACGGUGGUGAUCGGCAUGACCCGCAUCCCCGUCAUCGAGAACCCCCAGUACUUCCGACAAGGUCACAACUGCCACAAGCCAGACACGUAUGUCCAGCAUAUUAAGAGGAGAGACAUCGUUUUGAAGAGGGAGCUGGGAGAAGGUGCCUUUGGGAAGGUGUUCUUGGCCGAGUGUUACAACCUCAGCCCCACCAAUGACAAAAUGCUGGUGGCAGUGAAGGCACUGAAAGACCCCACCUUGGCAGCCCGCAAGGAUUUCCAGAGGGAGGCAGAGCUGCUUACCAACCUGCAGCAUGAGCACAUCGUCAAGUUCUACGGUGUGUGUGGUGAUGGUGAUCCACUCAUCAUGGUCUUCGAGUACAUGAAGCAUGGGGACCUGAACAAGUUCCUGAGGGCACAUGGCCCAGAUGCUAUGAUCCUCGUGGAUGGGCAGCCUCGACAAGCCAAAGGGGAGCUAGGGCUAUCCCAGAUGCUCCACAUCGCUAGCCAGAUCGCCUCUGGAAUGGUGUACCUUGCCUCCCAGCACUUUGUCCAUAGAGACCUGGCCACCAGGAACUGCUUGGUCGGAGCCAACCUGCUGGUGAAGAUUGGAGACUUUGGGAUGUCAAGAGAUGUCUACAGCACUGAUUACUACAGGGAAGGGCCGCGUCCGAAGGGCCAGCUCAGCGCAGCGUGGCAGCGACACAGACUGGCACCGCCGGCAGCUGCAACAGCUUCUUCAUGCCACUUAUUGCUUUAUUGUACAAGCCAUUACCUGCACAGCACCUUUGAGAAGCCAGCAAACUGCAAUGCCCUGUUUUACAGCUCUUCUCUUUGGGCUGUAAAGCUGUUUCAUACACAGACUUGAAUGUCACUGCCUGUGCCUGCUGCAUACACAUACCCAACGCUCUUGGGCUCCAGCAGCUUAUCCAGAGGCAGUGAAACCCGCCAAGGUUUUAAGCCCAGUAUUUGUAGUCAUGUUUUCCCUUGGAGUUGAUGCUCCAGCAAUUACAUAAUUGAGGACUGUCCCAUCUGCUCAGCAUUCAUCUGCAGGGGUCAUUCAUCCUACCAGACACUGCAGAACAUUAGUGGUUUCUUUAGACUCAUUCUCCCUUCCAUCCUUCCUCUUGUGGCUAACACUAAUGGAGAGCUGAUGACUAAGGACUCUGCUAGGAAAACCUGCAUAGGCCUGAGAGCUGACCAACAAGGAAAGAUUGUCUUAUGGCAGAAACAGUCCGAUGUGUCCUACUGGGUUUGUGAAGUGAGCCCAGUGGGGUGGGAUGUUUGAGGCAGGAAUGGAAAAGACACAUUCAGGACAACACGAAUGAGUCUUUAGGUCUCAGAAAGUUUAACCCAUAGCAUCAUCUAAUAGCCAUGUCUCUGUGGUGGCCAAAAUCGUGUGUAGGGGCUUUGUAUUUUUGGUACAGCACAGUUUACCACUGGCACUGAUGAAUUGAAUCACUUUGUUAGUAGGUGUGAUGCUGCAGCCUCCAAUAAUGAGCUCUUUAUUUCAACAUGGCUUGCAACGUGUUUGUGUGAGAUGCCAUCUGUGCUUGUGCUGCGUUCAUUAGGAGAAAAGCAUAAGCAUCUUCUGGAGUUGUUCAGUAUUUCUGUCAUAUUUCCCUGCUGAGAAACCAUCAUUCAGUGAAAGGGUGAGAACUUGUACCCAAAGAAAAGCACCAUAACCCCAACAGCUUAAACAGGCCAGAAAAGCCAUUAGAGAUUGCAUGACUGGAAACCACCCUUGGCUGGCCUAUAGGAAAUCAGCUAGAAGGAACGAUCCAGCUACUUCAUUGCUGAAAGUUUUUUUGUCAUGGCAAAGCACCAAGGUUCCAUCCUCUGAUCUGACUGUAUGUUUUCAGAAAAGGAAGAGCAGAUUUCAAUUUUAAAUAGAUUUCCAACUUUUGUGCCUGCCUACUAUGAUUGCACAUAAAUGUUCUCACCAUAAAUGUUCUCCCCAGUUUUUGGCUAUAAUAGGUGCUGUUAAGAUUUGUAUGAGCAGAACUGAGCAUCUGACCCCUUUAACAUCUUCAUGUGCCAUUAUGUAUGUGUGUAGGCACCCUAGUAAGCAAACAGGCAGCUCACCCGACACACAACAGCAGGCUGUCAGAUCCCAUGCAGAAAAGGACUGUUCCUACUGGGAGAUCCCAUGCCCUGGGUUGUAUUAAAUUUGUGUUUCUGUGCUGCCAGGCCUUUGCUCACUGAAACUGACUUUUAACAAGAAAUAGAUUCCAAACAAUCAAGCCUAAUGAAUUUUGAAUAUUAUUAUGAUUGAUGCCAAGGCAGUUGAACUGGUUAUCCAACAUCCAGAAGUAAAGUAAUGGAGCCUUAUCUAAAUCAUGUAGAGUUGUUAUUUAGAAUGGCUCUGGCUACAGAGAAAGCAUUACUGGUUACCCAGAGGGGAGGCACUGUCAAGACAGAGAGAGGGACGAUGGAAGGGGAGAUUAUGAGAUACCAAUCUGAAAAUAUUUUAUUAGAGAGUGAUAGCAUAUGCAAGCACUUUAUUGGUACUAUUUCCUAGGCUACGUUUCUUAGGCCACUUUGAGACUUCAUUUUUAUAUUAGCAGGUUAGGAUUUAUUGGUCAAAUCUUCUUCCUACUUUCUGGAGCCAGAAACUGAGCUGAUUUGCAUUCUCUGUGUCGCCAAACGAGUAGAAUCCUGAUGGAUGUGUUUCUUACAUUGUGAUGGUUUAACUUAGCCUCUAUCUGAUUAGUGUUUAGGCUAUUAAGUACUUCUUGUAGUAUUACCAGCUCACUGCAAAAUGAUAAUGCAGAUCAGUCAUGGACGAUUUCUGUUGCUACUCACAGUCUUUGCAGAGUAUGGAUUCCCUUUGAAGUUGGAACCAGCUGAUAGCUGUGCUGUUUCAUGGGUAUUGGCACAUCCUUGAGCAUGUCUGCCCUAAAAACGUGCAGCGUCUCCUACCUGGUGGAAACAAAUUGGUCAGUCCAUGUGGUGCCUGACAAACUGGCUACAUGGUGACAGGAGAUCAAAAGGGUUUUAAGCUGUAAAUGAGGUGCCCAUAUUAGGGCUGUGGAGCAGAAGACCACUGAGGUCACCAUCUGCAUAGCAGCCCACUGAACCAGCCCAGCACCAUUUGCUUUGCAAGCUACAGUUACUCUGCCCCUGUCCCUUCCCAACUGAUGAGCAUGGCCCAAGGUCCUCACAAUCCAUGUGCUGUGUUCAUGUUGGAGAUCAUGAUUUUUGGCAGACCCCUCUCCUUGCAGCAGGUAAAAUGCUCUGAGUUAUGGGAAGAGAGAGGAGGAAUGAGCUAUGGUAACGAAUGCACCAAAUAGAUUAUUGGCAAACAUAAUUAAAAAUAGAUGCACGAUUACUCCUCUGUUUCCCUUUUCUUAACCAUCCUGUGCAUUACCUCUGGCAUUUUUAGAUGGCAGAUAAUAUAACUGAGAGGACUCUUGGGUACCGGCAGCUCUUGGAGAAGCAGUGAUUUAUCUCAGGCCUUUUUGAGGUAGCAGAAUUUACCUCUAGCUACAGCCACCCCUCCAAUUCUGCCCUCCUCCUGUCAUUUGCAUAAGUAAUUGGCAGCUUGUUAAUGGCUCAUUAGGAAUGCUGGAAACCGUGGGAUUAAAACACACUCAGUGGAGCAGAAAUGAGGGGAAAGGGGAGAAAGGCCACCGUCCCUGCUUGCAAAUUAUACCACUUGAUUUCAAGGCGAUUCAGAAUUACAGGUCAUAAAGCAGCGAGAUUGCUAAAUGAAGGAAGGAAAAACAAUGUCAAUGGCAGGCUUUAUUCUUAGACUCAUGUUUAAACACAGUACGUGCGUCUGGGGGGAAGAAACAGUCCCUUGCCAAACAGUUCUACUGACAGCAGGAAGGUUUCACCCCCAUCUCAGCGUUGUGUUAACCCUGCGGAGCUCUCCCUGCUCCUCAACAAAUCCAUCUGGCUCUUCCUAUCACCUCACAGCAGGGACAUUUGGUUCCUUUCCCUGCACAAGUCCAACCCUCAGGCAGUGGUGACCCGCAUCUUCCCUGCUUUGGGCUGUGUGGGACACCCAGUGCAGCUGUAGGCAUGCAGGACACACAGCGACAGGUCACUUUGUACCAUGUAAACCUUCUGAAACCUUCUACGUACCGUAAGGUGUCUUUGCUCACUGGUGAAGCAGACAGCAGGCUGCCAGGGAGAAAUGGUUGGCUGCAGGGUGAUGGUGGGUUCAGGUCUGCCAUUCUGGGACAGCAGAGCAGGCAUGCAGAGUGAUGCAUGGUGUGUACAGGGCACAUGCAGAGUGCGGACACAAUUAAGCUGAAAUAGUUGUCAGAAGCUUUUUGCUGCUUGUUAACUGUUUUUAAGCCCAUAUUGAGUGCAAUGGGAACAGCAAAGGCACAGGACCUGAAGGCAGGAGCUGUGCUGAGACUGUUUGUAGGAACAUCUUUAGAAUAGCUUUGAAGAGAAGGGGGCAACUAAGGCUUCAGCCUCAGCUCAGCUCAGGGCUGGUACUGCUUCAGGCUUUUCAGAGUCAGGAGAAGAGCUUUGGGAUUUUGGAGGGUAAUUCUUGAAAUGGUGCUGUCAAAGAUAUAGCUAACACAUUUCUUUCCAAUGAAACAGAAAGGAAAUUACAGAUAAAGUACUGGGGAAUCACAUCCAGUCACAACGUGCACUUAAAUGCAGCUACCUCUAAUGUAAACUACUUAGGGACUUACGAGCUUGGCAAGGUGACAGUUGAGGCCAUGAACUAUGGGACAGCUAAUGUUCAGCAAAGCUCAGAUCAGUCUGCAUGUCAGAAUUAAUCCCUCUGCUUUGCACAAGGUGCCCAGGAAUCCAUCAGGACUCAGGCACGUGAACUGCCGAGAGGACACAGAACUGCCUCAGUUCUGCUGGACCCAGAGCUGAUGGAAGGAAGGAGUCAGGGCAGAGCAUUUCCCAGGACCAUACAGCUCUUAGGACAUAUGUUCCUGUGCAGCCCAGCCUGGGAUGGCAGCCAGGUCUUCAAUUAAAGAAGAGCCCAGGUCAUGCAAAUCUACAGCAGUCAGGGAAUGUGUGUCUUAUCACUAGGUCUAGAAAGAGGUGAUGUGUUGAGUGCAUUCUCCUGGAGAGAAAUAGCAACAAGGUUCUCAUGGUGGGUAGGGUUAGGGGCUGCUUUGGGGUGCGAUCCCAGAGCUAGUAGGGUUCAGGAAGGAGAAUGUGGGACUACCUACCAACACCCACCUGUUACUGCUUUGAGAGCUGCAUUCCCACACAUCCAAAGUUCUCCUCAGGGUUUUUCAGCCCUGCUCUGGUUUUGAUUGUCCGUGUUCUCUCUGUAUAUUGCACUGCCUUUGCUGAACACUGCUGUUCCACUACCUGCUGCAGCGCUGCCAGGCUCAUCGGGGAAGACGAGUCAUCUUCCCUUCCUAAUCAGCCGGAUGUCAUUCAGAAAGCUGGGACAAGGAGAACUCUUUCCCUAGACACCAACUUUCCUUCCUAGCAGACAAACCUAGAGCCUUACAAUGCUACGUGUACGUAGCACUUAUACAGCUUUACAUCUUCAAAUUGCUGUACCAGCAUUAAGUAAUUAUCUCUCUCCCUAAUGGCCAUUAACGCUGCCCUUUCCCCAACCUCCCCCAGCUCCCCAAGGUUCAGCUUUAACACAGCAAUGAGCUGCUCCGAGGGAGCGGCUGCUUAUCUCGCAGUCUGCGGGCUCAAGCGUGUAAUGAGGCUUCAGAGCACAGCACCUGGAGCAUCCCAAACAUGUGCCAUACCCAACAUGUGGUUGUAGCCCAGGUCAUGCCCUUGUGAGUAUCCGUUAGGAAGCGAUGGAGAUGAUAUUGCAAUUUGGAGAUGGAGACAGAUGAAGGCAACUUUGGCAGCUGAGAGGAUGCGCGCUGAUUGCUCUAUUUAUUACUAGGAUAGUACUGCAAAGUGAAAGAGCGAAGCAGUGGGGAAAACAUGUCAAUGUGGGCAUGGGGAGUUGAUCUAGGGAGAGAAAGUUAGAGAGCUAAAAAUGUCAAGUGAAGCUCGACAGCCAUGGCAAUGGGAUAAAGAGGCCAGUCUGCAGGUCUGUGAAGCAUUAAAAUAACAAGGAAAAAGGGUGAGCUUGGCAGCAUCAGGAUUUAAGGGGGGGGAACAGCACAGGAUUUACUUGUUGUAUUUACUUGAAAGCAAAACUCUCUUCCAGGCUGUGUAGUGCCUCUGGGAGAGAUGUGUCAGUGCUGCUGUCUGAGGGCACUGCAUCUGUAGCAGCCUUGGGAAUUGCACCUGAGUGGUGGAUGGGAUCUCCCAGCAUGUGCUCUCAAAAAUGUGACACCCUAUUGGAGAUGCAGAGGAUACUUCUGAGGUUCCCACCGAUGAACACAUCUGAACCACAUGUUGUUAUCCAAGCAGUGCUGGGCGUUGCUUAAUUUUGUGUUUCCCCCCAAAUGAAUGUACUCAUUACUACUGGAUUUAUUUUUAGUAAGACACGACACUCUCCAGACUUGACAAGUCUCACAUGACACUGAGGGUGAAGAUGAAUAUUUGACAGUUGCUGGACUCUACCACAUGAGCUUAGCCAAGAUUGUGUUGUCACGUCCCUGGGACAGCUAUUGACUGUGCAUGUUGCUUUACUGGCAAUUUGUCACCCAGAUGUGUGUGGAGGAGAUGAAAGACCUCGACUGCAUUAUAGUUUAUUACAGCUAAGAUGGGGUUACUGGCUUCUGUGCUGCUUUCAGGGCCACUCUCAAGUGGUGUGACUCAGGGCAUUCCCAUGCAUGCAGUACUGCUUGAGCUGCUUGUGUAGGCUGAGGAUCUGGUUCAUAGAUUCUGAUUGCCAUUAGAUCGGUUCAAAAGAGUGUGAGAUGGGCUCAAUGCAUUGUGUUAGCUGUAAUCUCUGGUGAUUCUCCAAGAUUCAGGAUAUUGCAAAUGUAGAGAGCUUUGUAAUAAGUAAUCAUCUUGAGACUGCUGGAAAAAUAAGAGAGCUAGGGCUACUUAAGGGGAAAAAAAUAAGCAUUAGCUCAAAACAAUUUCUGCAACAAUCAAGUUUGAUGUAUGUCGUGUUCUAUCGAUAACAUUUCCUUGGAGCCCUUCACUAGAACAGAAAGCAACUUGUAAAAGCUAGAAAUGAAGGAAGGAGCUAAAAUUGCAACCAGGGUUUCAAAGGAACAAAGAAAAGAACAUUUCCACUUCCAUUAAGGGAGUUCAGAGCAGCAAGCUUUGACCACGCCAGCUACAGCGACUCUGCAUGGGAAGUGUAGAGCUGCAAGGAGUUUUAUCUCCAUGCACUGCAGUUCUGAGUAUCUCUGCACUUAGGAAUGAAAGAUGCUCCUGAGACCUUUUGAACUGCUUCUCUCUUUUGCAGCAGGAGGCUGUUUGUGAGGUAGGAGCAGGUCCACAGACCUCUGAGCACAGUGCUGUGAGCCCAGGUCUGAAUGCUGGCAGACCUCAGAGGAAUCUGGCUGGUAUCCUCCAUGCACAGAACUGCUAAGCAUCAGACCCAUCUCACAGCCUAUUCCAGCACUGCUCCCACAGCACUGUCCCUCCUGCUUCCAAGAAAUGGGGCUUGCCUUUGUACUGGCCCCUCCUCACGCUGGUUCAGUUUUAAUCAGGCGAAGAAACCUGUGGGAACGUGGGGAAACCAGGAGCUUAGGAGAGAGUUUUGUUUGUAGGAGAAAGAUUUUCAUUCAAACAAGCAUGCAACAAUCUCAUUACUUUGAGUAGCCACACAUAUGCAGAAGUCCUAGAAAUUUUCUCCCCAAAAUCCUUCAUAGGAUAAAGAGAGAUUUCUGCCUGUCUGAAUCAGCCACAGUGCUACCAGAUUAUUAGCAAUUGCUGUUUUGGUGUCCAUAAUGAGGCGAGCAGGCUGCCAAGCAGCACCACAAAAGCCCCAUCUCUCAUCACUGCUAAGCUCUCAGCCACUUCAUCCUCAGCAGAAAGAAGUGCCGGACUGGUGGCUGUGUGGCUCCCUGCGCUGGCUGGGCUUCUCAAUUAGCUGCUUCCCCACAGAUGGUGCUUCUUGUGUAGGACAGAAGAGAGAAAAAAAAUUUGCCCUGCUUAGACACACUUGUUUAGGAAUCUCUAAUGAAUCUGAAGGUAUAUCCAUCUGCUUUCAAGCUGUUUGCGUGCGUUCACCUGCUGCAUUCACAUGCCUACUGAAUCAUAGGAUCAUUUGAGUUGGAAGGGACCCUUCUGGUCCAACUCCCCUGCACUGAACAGGGACACCUACAGCUGAUCAGGUGCUCAGAUCCAGCCUGACCUGCAGUGUCUGCAGGGAUGGGGCACCCACCACCUCUCUGGGCAACCUGUGCCAGUGCCUCACCACCCUUAUUGUAUAAACUUCUUCCUUACAUCUAAUCUAAAUCUCUCCUUUUUUUAGUUAGAAACCAUUUCCUCUUGUCCUAUUGCAACAGGCUCUGCUAAAGUGUCUGCCCCCUUCUUUCUUAUAUCCCCACUAGAUACUGAAAGGCUGCAGACCCUGAUGGAGAAAGGACCUUUCUCUCUGAAUACUCCAACAGGACUUCACCUUUGGCCUCCUCCAUUUCCAAGCUCUCCAAAGAACUGGCUUUCCUACCUCCAUUAACCACUGGGCAUAUCCCUGCAUGCACAAGCCUAUUCUUUACAAACAGGCCUCCUUUUUGCAUUGCGGUCCUGCAGUCAUUUACAUAUUCAUAGCACUCUUCAAAAAGGCCUGUAGCACAAUUUUACGAGCACAACAUCUUUCACACAAUUAGGUGAUGAGCACAGGCUUGCAUUCGGCUUUUAGCAAGCCUCAGCAAGGAGCAGCAAACCCUGCUCUGUAUUUCUGGUGGGUGCUGAGGCCCUGCAAAACCCACUGCAGCACCCCACAGAACACUCUGCUCCUUGCCUUACCUCCUGGUUCAUCACUGUAGGGUUUGAGCACACCCUUGGCAUUCUGUUGUUUUAUUACUUUACAAGCCCAUUUGGGGAGGAGGGGACAUCGUUUGUCUUGAUACAUUUCACUCCCUAUCCAUCGUGCUAACCAGGUGGGACUGGCGGUUAAGCCCAUGGGCGGUCGGGGAGGCUGUAUCCAACCCAGGUCUUUUAAGCAGCUCCGUGUUGAUGUAUCUCAUGGGGAGGCCCCAAGUCCGUCCAUAUUCCAUCAGAGCUGAGUGCUUCUUCAGGUCCUCAGAUCUCCUCAUGCCUUUUUCCUC